AUGCUUACUAACAUAUUCCAUAAAUAAAGUAAAUAAAAUGAAAAAGGUGCAGCUACUGCUUUCAAUAAAAACAACUCUAUUUUAGCAAUAUCUGCAUAAUCAAAAAUUAAAUUAAUGCAGCUUAAAUGUGGAUCAACAAAAUAAGUAUAAAGUUUUUGA